CGGCCGGGGGGCGGCGGGACGGGCGGCACGACCGGCAGGAGGAGGAGGCGGAGGAGGAGGAAGAUCAGCAGGGGCGGCAGCAGCAGCAGCAGCAGGAGCGCGGCCCGGCCGCGAUGGACCAGUGCGUGACGGUGGAGCGGGAGCUGGAGAAGGUGCUGCAGAAGUUCUCGGGAUACGGGCAGCUCUGCGAGCGCAGCCUGGAGGAGCUGAUCCAGUACGCGGGAGGGCUGCGCAGGGAGAUCCUGCAGACGGAGAAUCAAGAUGGAGACUUGUCAGGGACGAUUUCACUUGUUAUGACGCAGUGUUGUAAAAGAAUAAAAGACACAGUCCAAAAACUGGCCUCUGAUCAUAAGGACAUUCACAGCAGCGUAUCCCGAGUCGGAAAAGCCAUUGAUAAGAACUUUGACUCGGACAUCAGCAGCGUGGGGAUAGAUGGGUGCUGGCAGGCUGACAGCCAGAGGAUCCUCAACGAGGUGAUGGUGGAGCACUUCUUCCGGCAGGGAAUGCUGGAUGUAGCUGAGGAGCUUUGUCAGGAAUCUGGUCUAUCAAUAGAUCAAAGUCAAAAAGAACCGUUUGUGGAGUUAAAUCGAAUAUUGGAAGCAUUAAAAGUUAGAGUUUUGAGACCUGCACUAGAGUGGGCGGUAUCCAACAGAGAAAUGCUCAUGGCACAGAACAGCUCGUUGGAAUUUAAGCUGCACAGAUUGUAUUUCAUUAGUUUAUUGAUGGGGGGAACAGCAAAUCAAAGAGAAGCCCUUCAGUACGCGAAAAACUUCCAGCCCUUCGCCCUAAAUCAUCAGAAAGAUAUUCAGGUGUUGAUGGGCAGCCUGGUGUACCUGCGGCAAGGCAUCGAGAACUCCCCGUACGUCCACCUGCUGGAUGCAAACCAGUGGGCUGACAUCUGUGACAUCUUCACCAGGGAUGCCUGUGCUCUCCUGGGCCUCUCAGUGGAAUCACCUCUCAGUGUUAGUUUUUCAGCAGGUUGUGUAGCAUUACCAGCCCUAAUUAAUAUCAAGGCAGUCAUUGAACAAAGGCAGUGCACGGGCGUUUGGAACCAGAAGGACGAACUCCCGGUGAGUUGA